AUGCGCUUUGCAGGGGGAGUAGAAAUGGUGAAUCAAGCUUGUCAUGAUCUUUGGUUCUUGGGCAAAUUUGGCCCAGAAUCUCAUGAAUGCAGAGAAUGUCUCCAACUGCUACCCAUCCCUGCGGAGAAAAAUGUUAGAAAUAGGAUUCUGAAGGAAGAGUCAAGGCUGGAUGUUCUGAUAAAUAAUGCAGGGAUAUUCCAGUGUCCAUACAUGAAGACAGAGGACGGUUUUGAGAUGCAAUUUGGUGUAAACCACUUGGGCCACUUCUUGCUCACCAACCUUCUUCUGGGCCUUCUCAAAAAUUCUGCCCCAAGCAGGAUUGUUGUAGUGUCAUCAAAGCUUUACAAAUAUGGGGAGAUCAACUUUGAAGACUUGAACAGUGAAAUAAGCUACAAUAAAAGCUUUUGUUACAGCCGAAGUAAACUGGCUAACAUACUAUUUGCCAGGGAGCUGGCCCGUCGGUUGGAAGGGACAGGAGUCACCGUCAACUCACUUCAUCCUGGGAUUGUCAGAACAAAUCUAGGCAGACAUGUGAAUAUUCCUUUGCUGGCCAAGCCUCUAUUCAACUUGGUGUCAUGGGCGUUCUUCAAAACGCCUCUGGAAGGAGCCCAGACAUCUAUUUACUUGGCCUCUUCUCCUGAUGUCGAAGGCGUGUCAGGAAAGUAUUUUGGAGACUGCAAAGAGGAAGAACUACUGCCCAAAGCCAUGGAUGACUUGGUUGCAAGAAAAUUGUGGGAUAUCAGUGAAGUGAUGGUUGGCUUACUGAAGUAAGUGCCAGGGAGUGUCUGCAAAAAAAAAUGCAGAUAGCUAUGCAGUUCAUUUUGGCAACAGUGAAAUUCUCACUUUAAAUGCUGUGGGAAUACAGAAUUUUGCUCAGUAAGUAUGAAAUAAGAGAGUGAUUUGUGUUGGAAGUCUGUUUUGAAAUGAAAGACAAUAGGCACAAGCAUUUAGAAAAAAAACUGAAAUAAAAUUUGUGGGUGUGAAUAUAAUUUCUGGUUAAAUCUGCUUAGAAACUUUUGUUUUACAAAUAAAAAUUGAGCAGAAGUGAGUUUUGCAAUAUAUAUGCAUAUUUGUCAUUACUUGUAGUCUGGCUGGACAAUGCAGGGUACUGAUGGUGAAACACUUCUGUAAAAAUUAUUUGAAAAUAAAUCUUAAUAAUAGUCUUUUUUUUUGAGCCAUCACAAUGACAAAUGUAAUAAAGAGUUUUCCUGAUAUCUUGCACUGUAAUUGUUGAGGCCUCUGAGUGCCUUUCAAAGACUUGUCAGCCCCAUGGUUCAGUGAACAAAAUCGUUGAGCCGUGCGCACUAUUGCUGUGGAGCACAAAGACAGCUAUUUUUAGUGAUGUUGCUGCUGUUCAGUGUGUAACUACACUUGGUUGUGCAAGCUGUAUUUUUAUUUUCAUGUGUAUUGAAAUUGCUGUUUCUUGAAACCUUGGGUUUCAUUAAAGGGGUAGUUGCAAAAUGUAUAAUGAUCUUGACAGGGCUUUGCAUGACAUGAACUGUGUAAGACCUCAUGCAAAUUAGACCGAAGAGAAUAAGCUUCUCAGUGUGUUUGGCUUGACUGAUGGCACUUUAACUCAGUAAUGAGGUUCCAUAAAUGUCUCAUACAGCUGACUGAAUAUUCUUUAAUAAAAUCUUUUAAAAAGAAGACAUAGC